AAUUAACUCAUUCAGUACCAGCCAAUUCUAGACCAAGUCUGAAAAGACGUUUAAAAACAUCUUUGGGAGUGAAUGAGUUAAACAAAUUCAAUGAAAAAAAUCAGGGAAUUUGGCAACACAUGAACACGCAUACUGAUGUCUUAUGAGCUGAUGUUUUGUUGUCCUACAUACCAGGACCACGGAGCACUCCAUAAUUAUUGACAUAUUUGAUGCACUCAUGGAAAGUAUGGGCACAGUGUAGAGGUGCCCUCGGGGGAUUUGCGGACGGGAACGGAAUGGAAAGGGUUGCAAAAACAAACACUCUCGUCCUCAGUCUCUCUCCAGAGUGAAAAACUCUUCUCCAGCCGCGGUAAAUAGAUUAAAAGUGAUUUCGCGGCGGGUUAUUUCAGGAUGGCCCGGGAAUAGUCACUCAGUCGGGUGCAGAGUCAGUCAGUAAGUCAUUUCAGCGUUACAGCAUCCCACCGUUGUGAGCCCAUCAUGUCGCUGAGGCUCCUGCCUGCCAUCAUCAUGGACGACGAGGACGACGACGGCAACUUCACCAAGUGGAUGAGCAGCUAUUGGGGACACGGAGCCGAACGAUGUGGUGGAGGAUCGGGAGGUGGCGGCGGAUACUCGCGUGAAAGGAAGCGAAGUUUUAGGAGACCCGCCAGGACGAGAGUUGACCGACGGGCGUCCCUUCCCACUGUAUCCCAACUUGACGCCAUGAAGCUGAACCGGGUGCACGCGGCCGCCGUGGCGCCCGCACCGAGCCACGCCAAGAGCCGAGAAGAGAAAGGGGAGGUCGGACCCCACCAGAGGGCUCGACGGACCUCCUCGGACGACAACGGACGCUCCAAGUCGGCCGUUCCGGAGAACCGCAUCGGCACCAUCCCGGAGCUGACGGAAUCCUUCCAAAGGAGACUUUAUCUUCAAGAUAGAUGCGCGCUGUCCCCGAAAGACGACGCCAAGUUGCCCCCUCUGUGCCAUGACGACGUGUACAAAAGCGAGACGGCGAUGGCGGCGGCCCGCCUGGCCACGAAACGCCUAAGCGACAGGAGAAGGUCGGCAGAUGAGGUCGCCGGUGUCACCGCGGAAAAACAACAGCAGCCACAGUACACGUUCCGACGGCAGCUUUCCCUGCGCAGGCACCGCUAAAGUUUGACCUUUUUCAAUGGCAGGUCUAUCACGUCGUAAUUAUAGAGAAGCGUCCAAAACGCACGCAAAUCAUCAUCAUGCAUGGAGUUGUUUUCAAUCAAUAUUUAGCGAUGACAAAACAGACAAAACGUAAAUAAAAGACAUCAUCUCCACCAUAGAUACUGAUUAUUAAAUGUAUUGAUUGGUACUGAUUGCUACAGGUGUGUUUGGCUAGUUGGAAAAAUACUGAUGUCAGGUUGGCAAAUUUGAUCAACAUGAACAGGAACAGGAACCCGACCGAUUAAUUCCACCGGCCGAGUUAAACGGCUGAUAGUAGAGUUUUAAAAUUGGCAAAAAUGUGCCCUUUUUUCAGGUUUUUGCCUUUUUUUUCACAUUAACACGUUACAACAAAGACAAUGAUGUUUAAAUAUAAUUUUAAAAGGCCCUGGGCAGAUUUGAUUGAUUUGGCAACAGAUAGACGCUGAAAUCUAAU